AGUCUAUAUCCAGGCCCUAUAUCCACAUGGAGUCGACAUCAGUACUGGAGCUCAGUGAAAACGUCAUCCUCAACUGCUCCCAUGACAAUGGAACCAGGACUACGUACAGGUGGUUCAAAGGUGGAAAGCCACUGACCAAUAUGACGAGAUUCGUGUUGUCACCUGACCAGAAGCUCCUGACCAUCACACGGGUGUUGAUGGUGGAUGAUGACACGUACAGCUGCACAGUGGAGAAUCCUGUGGGCAACAUGACGAGCUUGCCGAUCAGACUGACGGUCUACAGAAGAAGUUCCCUCUACAUCAUCCUCUCCACUGGAGGCAUCUUCCUCCUCAUCACCUUGGUAACGAUAUGUGCCUGCUGGACACCUUCCAAAAAGCAAAGACAUCAAGCUAGAAAGCCUCUCUCCAGGUUUUAUGACCACUCUGAUCACUCACCAAUCAGUCUUACAGAUGGUGUGCUCCCAAAAAUGACAGAGCAUAACGGAAUAAAUGCUGUAACUUCACUUUACAUCCUGCAGCAAAAGGAUCCCUCCAUGGAUGACUCAUCCAGCAACAGUAUUGGAUCUCCCUCUGAACUUGACAACCCGCCGAGCUACACCAGUUCCCCCAAAUACACCAGUCCUCAUGCCCAGUCUAAUGGGUCCCCUGCCCACUCCUGUCACAGGUAUACCUGAAGGCCCGUCGUGUUUAAGUCUCCACAUCACACCAUGUGAGACAUCAGAGUGUCCAGCUGACUCUGGACGGCAACUUUCUACACAUCCGCCCGGAGUUUGGGAAAUAUAUCAAAACGGUUUCCUGGGGUUUUACAAUAAUGUUAUUACUGCCUGUUCAUGUGUUUUAUGUAAAAGUAAACUGGAACUUGAGCCUAAGUUGCGUUUAAGGUUAGAGGCACAGUCUGUGGAGGAAUAUGGUGACAGUGUGACAUUGGGGAAGUUUUUAAAGAGCUCUGAAGCCUGUCUUUGGAUUUACAAUUAACUACCAUUGUUGUUAGUUACUGGAACUACAAAAUUUGGGGAACGGCACAGAGUCUGCACGAAGCUGAGGUGAAGUCGGUGAGACGUAACUGUAAACUGUCAUGUGAUGAAGAUACUUCU